AUCUAAUUGGAGAGAGGAUAUAACAUUUCUGUUAUGCUUAGUGUAUCAUUUUCUUCUCUUCAUUUAGAUGGUGCUUUAUGGAAAUUAAAAAUUACUUUUUACAAUUUAUCUUUAUCGUAUUAGGAACAAUAUUUCUUUAUUUGGUUUUAACACAACAGAACAUAUAUCUCGCCAAAUAUUUCGGUUUUUCGUCAAUCUUUAAUCACACAAAUAUAUUCAAGUUGUUAAUUACGACUGAUUCAGAAACAACGAACAAUAGUAAUUUAUCCGACAUCAGCAAUAGUACGAAAGAAGAGAAGAAUACCAUAGUCUAUAUAUCAAAUUUAUCGUCUCCUCUAUUCUAUCCACAACUACCCAUUCUCACGUAUAUGUCUAAUAUUGAUUAUGAAAAAUCAAACAUUAGCAAAAGUAAACUCAUUUUAUUGUCUACUCCAUUUUUUGGUGAUUUACGAUGGGGAUUGAAAUCUAUUGGUAAACCGAACGGUCAGGUGAUGACUGAACUACAAUGUCCAUUUUUAACAAAGUUUUGUGAUAUAACCAAUGAUAAUGGAAGGUUUUCCGAAGCGGAUGCUGUUCUAUUCCACAUGCGUGAUAGUAUCGAUAAAGGAAAAGCUCAAUCAAAGCGUAAAUCUGAUCAACGUUUCGUGUUUGGAUUAUGGGAGUCUCCCGCACACACACCUGAUCUAUCUCAGUAUAGAAAGUUUUUUAAUUGGACGCUUUCCUAUCGUUUUGACUCUCAUAUCAUUUCUACUUAUUACUUCUCAGACAGUUUUAUACAUAAAUCAAGUUUAUUCUAUCAAUUAAUAUCAAAAUACUCUCCUAAUAUAACCUUAACCGAAUUUGACUUUAAAACAGUCACAACAAAUAUUACUAAACGUAUCGGUACGGCCGUUGCUCUAAUAUCAAAUUGUGGUGGUUCAAGUAGACGACUGGCAUAUAUUACCCAAUUAAGACGUUAUAUCGAUGUACAAGUAUAUGGAAGAUGUGGUACAGCGUGUCCAGCAAACGUUAACUGUCGAGAAUAUUUAUCAAAAAAUUUUUAUUUCAUAUUAAGUUUCGAAAAUAGUUUAUGCAGUGAUUAUACAACUGAAAAAUUUUUCUCGUCGUUAUCCCAUUCUAUUGUUCCCGUCGUUUAUGGUCGAACAAAUUACAGUCGUUUAAUUCCAAAAUCCGGCUUUAUUGACAUUCAAGAUUUCUCUACACCAUUACAAUUAGCUCAAUAUUUAAAUGAGACCAAAAAUAAUUUGACCAUGUGGGCAAGUUAUUUUUCAUGGAGACGUGAUUACGUCUGGGGUAUUAAUAGUUUCUUCUUUCCAUUUUGUGAUCUCUGUCUUCGAUUACACUUAGAUAAAAUUCCAAAUGUUAUUGAUGAUAUUAGUUCAUGGUGGACGUCUAAUACUUGUGUAAACCCGAAAUUAGCUUAA